GCGGGCGGCGGGCAGGCAGGGCGUGGGGCCGCCGACUCGAUUGCUCAUGACUAGUGUCAUAUGACACGUUAAAGAUGGCUGAAGGGGAGAGCUGCACGGCAUCUGCCGCGGAAAUACAAGACGACUUUGAGAUUGUUGACAAAAAACAGAUUCCUAAUACGACUGAGCUGAAAAACGAGGAAAAGGAGAAAACGGAAGAAGCCAGGUGGUCUGCUCCUAUCUUGUCGCUGGCCAAGAAAGCCUCGGAAAACUUAGCGCUGAGCUAUGGCAACGCUCUGAAGUCUGCAUCUUUGGUAGGAUUCAUAUCCAAACCAGUCAGCAAUGACAGCACAGCAAAAACAAGUGCGCGAUACCACGCCAUGGAGGAGCGCGCCAACCUCAUGAACAUGAUGAAGCUCAGUAUCAAAAUCCUGAUCCAGGCGGCCCUGAGCCUGGGCCGGACCCUGGACUCCGACUUCCCUCCCUUGCAGCAGUUCUUCGUGGUGCUGGAGCACUGCCUCAAGCACGGGCUGAAAGUGAAGAAGACUUUUAUUGGACAGAACAAAUCAUUUUUUGGUCCUUUGGAGCUAGUGGAAAAACUUUGUCCUGAAGCAUCAGAUAUAGCAACUAGUGUUAAAAAUCUGCCAGAGUUGAAGACUGCUGUAGGAAGAGGAAGGGCUUGGCUUUAUCUAGCACUCAUGCAAAAGAAACUGGCAGAUUAUCUCAAAGUACUCUUGGACCAUAAGCAUCUAUUAAGUGAAUUUUAUGAACCUGAUGCGUUGAUGAUGGAGGAGGAAGGAGCAGUCAUUGUGGGUCUGCUAGUUGGACUGAACGUUAUUGAUGCAAACCUUUGCUUGAAAGGAGAAGACUUGGACUCCCAGGUUGGAGUGAUUGAUUUUUCCUUGUACCUUAAGGAAACGCAGGACAGUGAUGGCAAACAAGAUGGAGGGAUUACGGCUGUCCUUGACCAGAAGCAUUAUGUGGAGGAACUUAACCGACAUCUAAGUUGCACAGUUGCAGAUCUUCAGAACAAAAUAGACUGUUUAGAAAAGACCAAUUCAAAACUCCAGGAAGAGCUUGCAGCAGCAACUGACCGGAUUGGAUCACUUCAGGAAGAGCAGCAGCAGUUAAAACAACAAAAUGAAUUAAUUCGUGAACGGAGUGAAAAAAGCGUAGAGGUAACAAAAGAGGAUACAAAAGUAGAAUUGGAUACUUACAAGCAGUCACGCCAGGGUCUUGAUGAAAUGUACAGUGAUGUUUGGAAGCAGUUGAAAGAAGAAAAAAAAAUUAGGCUGGAACUAGAGAAAGAGUUGGAGCUACAAAUUGGAAUGAAAACAGAAAUGGAAAUUGCCAUGAAACUUCUGGAAAAAGAUACUCACGAAAAACAAGACACUUUAGUUGCACUUCGCCAACAGUUAGAAGAAGUGAAGGCUAUUAACUUGCAGAUGUUUCACAAAUCUCAGAAUGCAGAGUGUUCAUUACAACAGAAAACAGAAGCAAUAUCCUCUUUUGAAGGAAAAACAAAUGAGAUGAUGUCUUCUAUGAAACAAAUGGAAGAGAGAUUGCAGCAUGCAGAAAAGGCAAGGCAGGCUGCGGAAGAACGAUGCAACAAGAUGAAGCAAGAGCUUGCUGGCAGGCUUGACACUUGUCGGCAACAGAUGUCCCAACUGGAUAGCAAAUGCUCAACUCUGGAAAAGGAGUUAAAAUCUGAAAAGGAACAGAGACAAACUUUGCAAAGAGAACUACACCAAGAGAAGGAUGCUACCACUCUGCUUAAAACAGAAUUGCAGCAAAUGGAAGGACUGAAAAAGGAACUGAGAAAACUGCAAGAUGAGAAGCAGCAGUUAGAGAAAGUCUGUGAGGAGCAGGAGCAAGCUCUUCAAGAAAUGGGACUUCAUCUCAGCCAAUCAAAGUUGAAGAUGGAAGAUAUUAAAGAAGUAAAUAAAGCGCUAAAGGGUCAUACCUGGCUGAAGGAUGAUGAAGCAACACACUGCAAGCAAUGUGAAAAGGAAUUCUCUAUCUCGAGAAGGAAGCAUCACUGCAGAAACUGUGGGGACAUCUUCUGCAACACUUGUUCCAGUAAUGAACUUGCACUGCCAUCGUAUCCUAAACCUGUCCGUGUUUGUGAUACUUGUCACACUUUGCUACUUCAGCGGUGUUCGUCCAAUUCCUCCUAAGGCUUUCGUAACCUUGACAGGACCACUUUAACAUUGGAAAAGUAGCCAUUAUUUUCUUAAUUCUGAAUUCCAGGCAUCUUCUGUGCAGCAGACUGUCUGGUCUCUAGUAUUUGCCACUGUAAGACAGAGCAGCGUAAAAUAAUUCAUAGGGAUUAUGCAAGCUAAUGUUUCUCCAACUGGAAUAAUUAAGAAAAUUAAACCAACUGUAAUUUCCGUUAGAGUUCUAUUUGAAACUAAACUGCAAAUUCACUUUUCUGCUUUUUAUAGAUAUUUGUAUUAAAAUUUGUAUAUGGCAUUUCUAUGUUUAUUUGAUCCCUCUAGACGUCGCUGUCUUUCUGCACGUUAACUUCAGUUCCUCUGUACCUUCACUGUAGGUGCUCCUGUGUGUUUCACGGGUUAGUGUACAGUUUUGUAUUUGCUCUAAGUAAAGAGAAGAAAAGUCAUGAAUUGUCCGUAGAAAGAGCUUUACGACAGGUGUCGAUGAACGUGCCUUCAGUUCACUGCGGAGUCACUUGUUCUGAAAGUCGCUGUGACCACGGUAUGGUAGUUACACAAUAAAAGCCUUUUGCAAAAACUGAAAGCAAGACUGAAGUUCUGAUUUCCGACAGCUGUCAGCCACGUAUCCCAGAAGAGAAUGUUCCUGUACAGCCACGCACGUCGAGGGCUGCAGCUAGAGCUGCUGAAAUGCAUCUAGAGUAACCGACCAACAUGUGCACGCGCACAGUAUCCUCCUGGAAGGUGCCA